AUGUGUUUGAUAAUUUUAUUGCUUGUAAAUGUUCUAUUUUCCAAGAAUUUAACACCAUUGAGCAAUUGCCAAAAAGCGCGUAUAUCACAUUUCAGUGGUUGGGAAAAUGGUGGGGCGUGUCAAUUUGGUCCAGUGAAUACAACUAUUGUUGCAGGCUAUAUGUUUGGUGCAUCGCCAAAUGAAGCGUUCUUUAUGAACACGCAACAAUGUGGAAUUUGCUAUGAUGUAGUAGGACCGUCUGGCAGUAUGCGAGUGUUAGUGACCAAUUUCUGCCCAAUUAAAGACGCACCCUGUCGGGGCGAUAUGAUUCACUUUGAUUUGAAUGACAAUGGGUACGCAAAUAUAGCCGACUAUGACUUGGGGAGUAAUAACGUUUCGAUUAAAAUGGUGCCAUGUGACCACAAUAGUAACAUUCAAGUUAAUAUCAUAGAUGGGAGUAAUGCCUAUUACAUAGGAUUUGUAAUACUGAAACACAUCAUUGGGAUCAACGGAGUUCAAAUAAGUCAAGACAAUUAUACUUGGAUCAAGCUCGCUCGAAACAGUAAUAAUAGAUGGAUAUACGACCCAGACAAACCACUUAUUAUUCCAUAUUAUCUGCAAGUCACUGCAAUUUCUGGUGAAUCAGUCAACAUCAAAAUGACAUCUACAACUGCAUUUGACACAAUCACUUCAGACGUUCAGUUCAAAGUCCCAGACGACUUGUUCUUCGAAAUGGAAACGUUGAAAAUUGCACAAAAGCCAGUGAAUAUGGAGGAGUGCUGCGAAUUACCAGAUGACUGGACUGACGUGUAUGAGGACAGCCAGAAAGGUGUCUGGAUAGGGAUGAGUAUCAGAUCAACCACUGAUUUUGGAAGUGUGGAGAGUCCUUAUAAAGGAACUAAAUGUAUAAAACAGGAAAUGGGUGAUUAUGCUGGACUGCAUUUUUAUACGAAUACCCCACCAAAGAGUGGAAUGUAUACUGGGUUCUAUGUCUAUGUCAAAGUAACAGAAGAGUGCAAUUCGUGUUUGUUGUUCAAAGCUAAAAAUCCACAAAACAAUGGAAUAAAGAAGAGUGUAGUUGUAGGUGAGUGGACUAAAAUAGAAGUCACAUUUGAUGAGAUUGGCGCUGACAUUACCAAUUUUUUAGGGUUUACUAUCACAAACGAACAGAAAGACGUCAGAACAGUAUAUUUCGACGAAAUACAUUUAAUUAAAAGUAUUGACCCGCCUUCAACAAGAAAAUGCACCGAAGAGUUUCGACCACAAAAUGGGGUGUUAAACACACCAUUGUUAUUGCUCUCUUCAUUCAUUUUUAUAAUAAUUUAA